AUGUCCUUUUCUGUUUCUACAAUUUCGGCCUCCACUCUCUGUUUCGUUCGUUUGUUCGUGCUUAGGGUUCAGGCUUUUCGUUUACCCAUAUGCAUUACAUGGAACAAAGAAACUGUGGUCACCAUCAAGUUUCGUUUGUUUGGUGACCAGCGUGAGCCAUUUCCCCCCGAAGAAGCGCCCCUCCCCCUCCCUGGCCGUGGGUGUGGCCUUGGCGGAGUCGAAGCCGGAGGUGGAGGGCGCCGUGACCCACCACUCCCCGACCCAGGUACUGAAGAACUUCAACGAGAUUUGGUGCCGCUCUACGAGACGCGACAUCACGCUUCCAAUUACUCUCCUCAACACCAGAACCAACAACAGGUGAACGAGAGCGCCAAGGGUACCUUGUUGUCUCUGCUUUCUUCUCGAGGCGUGAGCCAGCUCAAGGAGAAAUGGACCGAAUAUAACCAACCGAAGAGGCUCAAAAGAUUGCUGGCGCUGUUUGUUUCCGGCACGGCCAAACACGUCGCAGUUGCCGCAGGAAAUCGGAUAACGAUUCUGAGUAAAGAGGAUGACUAUCAGAAUCCAUGCGCCAUUUUCACCAGUUCCAGCUUUGGUACGUUUAGUGUAGGAGCUUGGUCUGAAGAUGAGGACGUGCUUGGAGUUGCUGAUGACUCUGACACACUCUAUUUUAUCAAGUUCACUGGCGAAGUUGUCGCAGAAUUUUCGAAGAAGCAUUUGAAAGUCUCUUCUUCGAUCGUUGCCCUAUUUUCAGAUAUUGAUUUGGAUACACGCGAGUCUUACCUGUUUUCCAUUGUUACGUCAGAUGGCUCGCUUCAACAAAUUGAGAUCAGUCAGGGACAGAGUGGCUCUACCUUUCCCAAGUACAUUUCUAUUCACACGAGUAGGAUUUGCAACAAUGUUUUCUGCUUUGACCGGCAUCUUGAACAUAAUAUUUUUGUGGCUGUUCACAAGAACUCUGGACUUGGCUUUUAG